AGAAGAAGAAAUCCAAAGCGUCCAAAAAGAAAAAGAGAGAGAGGAAAAAAAAAAAAACCAAAGGUAGACUACGAUAGCCGGCAUCGAGCCCGACGCGGCGUCGGAGGCAGGAGGACGACGACGAAGAUGAGGAAGAAGCUGGGCACCCGGUUCCCCGCGGCACGGAUCAAAAAGAUUAUGCAAGCAGAUGAGGACGUUGGCAAGAUUGCUUUGGCUGUGCCUGUUUUAGUUUCAAGAGCGCUUGAAUUGUUUCUACAAGAUUUAAUUGACCGCUCAUAUAAUAUUACAGUUCAAAGUGGGGCAAAGACAUUGAAUUCCUUCCACCUGAAGCAAUGUGUAAAGAGAUACAACUCUUUUGACUUCCUAACUGAGAUUGUCAACAAGGUGCCAGACCUUGGUGGUGCCGACUCUUGUGGAGAUGAAAGAGGAUUGCCCAGAAGAAGAAAGUUGUCAAAUGAAAGCGACCCAGAAAACGAGGAACCCCGCUCCAGCAAAAUGCCCAUAAGAAGCUUGAACACCAGUCCCAGAGGACGAGGCAGAGGGCGAGGAAGAGGGCGAGGACGGCCUCCAACCAAGAGAAAGGAAGUUGGUUACGUUCAAUUUGAGGAUGAGAGCAGCAUGUUUACUGAACAAAGUGAAUCCUUACCAGGAGAUGACGCCAUUCCAGAGACCAAAUGUGGCAGUGAGAGUAUUCCCCAAAGUGCAAAUCCUCCAGCAGAUGCUCCAUCAACUGGGGUGCCAGCUGCAAUUUCAAAGGUGGAAGAAGCCAGCACCAAUCAUCAACCAGAUUGGCCUAUGCCAGACGCCAUUGGAGGCAUUGGUGUUGGACCAUCCAGUUUUGGACAUCUGACGGUGCAAGUUGAUGAAGACGAGGACUAUGACAACGAGGAUUAGGCAUAGUCAUCAUCAUCAUCAUGUGCACUAACAGGACAGUUCUCCUGGUGUUGUACAAUGUAAAUAUAGCUCCAAGUAGUUACCGGCUUACCGCAGCUGGCUGUGAUAUGCUGCUGAUGUUAAAUGCAGUUAUGUAGUUGUCCUGUGUAACUUGUUUCUUUUUCCCAAUAAUUGCUUGUUAGUUGCCUCACAUUGUUGACAUAAUUGACUAGGAAGUGUUCUGUCAGGUUAAUUUAACCAUGUAUUUGCAGCAGUAAUUUUCUGUUGUCCUGUUACAUUGUAACUUGUAACCAACAGUAAUUUUGUGUUAUCAUAUCUUGUUGUAACCUUCAACUAGAGUAUGUUGCUCAUGAGGUAAUGCCAUUUCUUCGCA